CCUCCAUUCGUGCAGUCUUGCAUCGCCGGGCAUUUGCUACUCGACCCAUCCAUCCUAUCGACCGUCCGUUCACGAACGUCACGACUAGUCCCGUACACCCGACAUGCGUCUCGCUACUGCUCUCCUUGCUACCAUCACCCUCCUUUGCACCGUCUUCUUAGUGCAAGCCGCCCCGCUGGCGAUUGGCUCCCGAAACGAUGCUAGAGCCUGUGCGAGAUUGACAGACUGUGACUCUUGUGCCCGUGCGGAUCGUUGCGGAUUCUCGCUUGACACGCUAAGCUGUGCCGCGAAAGAAGGCCACCCUGGGUCCCUCGCAACAUCUGCGGCUCAAUGCAGGAAGGCAUCCGCUAGCCUUGCUGCGAGAAGUGAGGCCGAGGAUACUGAAAUCGCUGCGAAAGCAGCUCAAUUAUGGGCGGUGAUGAAGACACACGUCCUGCACGGCGGCAGUAGCCCAGGUUCCGGCCGGCAUCUUAUGUCAGCCUGGCUGAAGAAUCAUGCUGACGACUCAGAAAAGGAUGAGGCGACGGCUCUCGCUCAAGUGCCACGCACACUUAAGCCAAAGACACUUUGGAUUGACGACAAGGCCGAGAUCAAGGCUCAAAACAUUGUGCAUAGGUACAAGGAGAUGGAUGUGGCCAGGAUCUGCACGGACGCGAUCACAGCGGGGCUCAAGGCGGUGCUUCCCGAAGGACAUCCGUGCGACGACGGCAGCACGGGGUGCGAAUUGCUAGGACGGGGUGGGCCGGACCAUAUAUUCACAUCUUUGUCAAUGUGAUUUUUGAAUAUCCUAGGCGACCAUCUCCAGAUGACUGAACGUUAUGAGAACCUACCCCGGUGCUCAAUUGGUGCUGUACACCAUCCGGACCGUCACACUUCUCAUGCUGCGCGCUGCGCGCGGUCUUGUGGCCAGUAACAAACUGCUGUACGGCUUGGAGAGUAUAUUACAUAUUUGUUCAGGAUGUCACUCAGGUUUUAAAGUGAACAAUCAAGAGAUGAGGUCUUGAGAACCGUCACUGC